CAAAUAUAUAUAAUACAAAUCUGCAAAUCUCAUCAGAACCAGUUUGACAUUGGCGAGAAAAUGAACUCCGUUGUUGUGUUUUAUUGUAUUGUUUUCCUGUAUAGUGUUCGAUCUAUGCAGGCCGAUCCAAUGUUGUGUCGCGAAAAUGAAAUCCUAGAUUGUGUGCAAUUGUGUCCCCCGGAACGCACUUGCAGAAACCGUGGCAUAGCCUUCAAUUGUUUAGCGAGUGAUUCACCCUGUAGGCCGAAGUGUGUCUGCAAAGAUGGAUACUACAGGAAUUCUAUAGGGGAGUGUACAUCGGAAGAAAAUUGUGAUAAAUGUUCCCGCCAGAACGAAUACUUUUCUUGUGGUCCAGAAUGCGACAACGUAUGCUCCGAGCUUCACACACAAAACCAAACCAACUGUCCCAUUGUCAAUAUUGUGUGCAACAAAAAAUGCUAUUGCGAUCCGGAUCACGCCAGAAAUGAGCAUGGCAAUUGUAUACCCAUUGGAGAAUGCCCAAAUGUUGCUGAAAGAGAAAAGCGUCAUCCACAUCACCAUCAUCAUGUUGAAAAAACUGACAAUGAAAAAGAUAUAGUAUGCGGGCAAAACGAAGAAUACACAUACUGCAAGAAGUCAUGUCCACCAGAAACAUGUAUUUCUAUUGUAGCUAGAUUUAAAUGUGAUUCGCAAGAGAAGUGCAAGCCCGGCUGUGUCUGUAAACCCAUGUUUUUGAGAAAGAGUAACGAUGCUCCGUGCACACCGAUCGAGGAAUGUCCACAGUUAAAGGGCUCCCUGGAUUUCAUAAAAAACUAGUCAAUGUUACAAAGAUCAAACCGAGUUCGGUAAAAAUUAAAAACAGAAUGUAUAAAAUAUUUUUUAUCUAGAUAAGUACAAAGAUAACGUUAAUAUUUUUAGUAAAAUAUCGUUUGUGAGUACCACAAUAACACAGGGUAGGUGCUUCGGAGACAAAAACGAUUCGUAUUUAGGUAAUUUUCAAUUUC